GUUUCAUACAUAAGGAGCGUCGAUAGCCCACCCACUGGUUCGAAUCGCGAUCGUGUGGAUUAUAUCCAUAAGCAACGUUUUUUCUCUAUCCAUCCACGUUUUGCAAUAUCGUUGCACCACCAUCACCAUCAUCAUGGGUUAUACCACUCUCUGGAAGAGGCUGUCGCCUACCCAGCUCAAUAUCGCCAUCCAGACCUUCUCCCUCAUCAGUAUCUUCUUUGAAGGUUAUGAUCAAGGUGUGAUGGGCGGCGUUAAUGCCUCUCCACGUUAUGUUACCGAGGUUGGUAUCGGCUUGCCUGAUGGCACAGUAACGGACGAAGUUCACCAGGGUGGUAUUGUAUCAGUCUACUACGUCGGAUGUAUCUUUGGCUGCUUUGCCGGAGGAUGGCUUGCGGACAGGAUUGGACGAAUUAACGGUCUUUUCAUCGGAGCCGUCCUCUCCCUCAUCGGCGGUGUGCUGCAGGCGGCGACUCAGUCGAGCGACUUCAUGAUCGUGGCCCGUGUCGUGACCGGUCUCGGCACCGGCGCCCUUACCGGCAUCACCCCCGUUCUCGUCUCCGAGACCUCAACAGCAUCACACAGAGGCGGCUUCCUCGGCUACGUCUUCAUCGCCAACUAUCUCGGCAUCGCAGUCGCGUACUGGAUCUACUUUGGCAUGUCCUUCCUCGACAACGGAAACUCGGACGUUCAAUGGCGCUUCCUGCUUGCUUUCCAGUGCUUCCCUGCCAUCCUCCUUGUCCUCGGAAUCAAGCUUCUGCCCGACAGCCCUCGAUACCUAGCAUCAGUUGGCCGCCUCGACGACGCAAGAGAGGUCCUGGAGCAUGUGCGAGGAACCCACGAUGCUACUGCUGUCGAGAUGGAGUUCCAGGAGAUUGCCGCUGUUGCGAAGUCAAGCCAGAAGAGCUCACCCAUUCAAUUCGCCCAGAUCCUAGCUGGACAAGGCGGCAAGCCCGGUCAUCAUCUUGGCCGCAGGGCGUGGUUGUGCAUGCUCUUGCAGAUCAUGGGUUCAUGGACCGGUAUCACAGCAGUGACGGCUUAUGCCCCUGUUCUUCUCUCAGCUGCGGGUUACGACCGUCUUACCCAGAACGGCCUGACCGGUGGUCUUAGCACCGUCGGUAUUGUUGGAACCAUCAUCAGCGCCCAGAUCGUGGACCGCCUUGGUCGCCGCAAGUGCCUCAUGGGCGGAUCAUUUGCCUUGUUCGUUGUCAACCUUGUUGCCGCCUGUGUCUACGAAGGCGCGAGGGCACACCCGGAGCGCUCUUCAUCCUUUGCUCCUGCUGCUGUCACCAUGCUGUUCCUCUUCAACAUCUGCUACGCCGCAACCUGGGGUACUGUUGCGUUCCUGAUCCCUACCGAGAUCUGGUCCUCGGACAUGCGUGCCCAGGGCAACGGCUUCGGUAUCACGGGGUGGGCUAUUGGUGUUGGUUGGACCGUGCUGGUCAACCCCAUCAUGUUCAGACACCUCGAGAACAGGACCUACUUCCUCUUUGCGGGACUCAACCUUCUUUGGAUUCCCAUUGUGUACCUCUUUUACCCGGAGACGGCCAACCGCUCAUUGGAAUCGAUCGACGUCCUCUUUUCAACGGACAGCCCAUUCCACUGGGCCAUGGAACGUGCUUAUCGCCAGCAUGGCGACAUUCUAGCCGACAUGGACUCUUCAGAUGGCCCUGCCAAGAAGAGCGAAAGCGAACCGCACGGAAUUGAGGAGUCUGUUCAUAACGAGCGUGUUUAAGUGCACAAGGGGAGCCACUGAAGCGGGAUUAUGAGCAACUCAGGGGGGGAAAAACAAACACACACACAAUAUCGUAAUAUACCUGACGGGAAAGAAGGAAAAAAGGCGACUACUAGAUGCUGGGCGUCAUGGGACGAAGAGCCCGUUGUAUCUGUUGUAUUUUUAAAGUAAUGAUCCAUGAUGAGACGAAGAGGCAAGGCCUGGAAUUCAGGGCCCGGCCCAGCUCCAGUAUGAGUUGGACACAAAGGUUGUUAGAACCUGCACGGGGCUCUUAAGAGGGAACCAGAGGUUUCCCGUAUCAAUACCAAGAAGCUAGUACAACGAAGCAUGGAGCCAAAGUGAAAUCUAGCGGUGUGACAAGAUGGAUCCCAUGUGAGGAUGGCGAUGCUCAAAAUGGGUCUUUUUUCCCCCAACGGACAGAG